AUGAUUAGAUCGUAUGUAAUUCAAAGGGUGUGUUGCAUAUUGAAUCAAACUGAUUUUCCUGGAGAUCCAGUGAUAAGUUAUAGAGGCGGCAUUGAUGGUUUUGAAGCCACUGCUGUCGAAUCCGAUCAGAAACUCGAUGUCACAAGUGAUUUGGUGACGUCAUACUCCCAACACCUCGAAACAAGACACGAUAAUCUUCUCGAAUCACUAUUUGAUGAUGAAACAUACACAAAACUUUACAGCUACAAGCAUCUCAUCAACGGUUUCGCAGUCCAUAUUUCUCCAGAACAGGCAGAAACGCUAAGGCGAACCCCUGGUGUGAAAUCAGUGGAUCAAGAUUGGAAAGUGAGGAAACUUACAACACACACCCCUCAAUUUUUGGGGCUUCCAACUGGAGUUUGGCCAACUGGUGGUGGAUUUGAUAGGGCCGGAGAGGAUAUUGUGAUCGGAUUUGUGGAUUCCGGUAUUUUCCCACAUCAUCCGAGCUUCCGGAAUUCUGAUUCCGAACCUUAUGGGCCACUUCCGAGGUAUAGAGGGAAAUGUGAAGUUGAUCCUGAUACGAAGAGAAGUUUUUGUAAUGGAAAGAUUGUUGGGGCUCAACAUUUUGCAAAAGCCGCUACGGUUUCUGGCGCGUUUAAUCCUUCCGUUGAUUUUGCUUCUCCGUUGGAUGGUGAUGGACAUGGAAGUCACACUGCGGCGAUUGCUGCUGGAAAUAAUGGGAUUCCUGUGCGAGUGCAUGGAUAUGAAUAUGGAAAAGCAAGUGGAAUGGCUCCUCGUGCUAGGAUUGCGGUGUACAAGGCACUCUACAGGCUAUUUGGAGGCUUCGUUGCUGAUGUCGUUGCUGCCAUUGAGCAGGCAGUUCACGACGGCGUCGACAUUCUGAACCUCUCCGUUGGGCCGAAUAGUCCUCCGGCCACCACAAGAACCACUUUUUUAAACCCAUUUGACGCCGUUCUUCUCUCCGCUGUAAAAUCGGGAGUUUUUGUCGCACAAGCAGCCGGAAACGGAGGCCCUUUUUCAAAAACGUUAGUCUCUUACAGCCCUUGGAUCGCAUCUGUAGCUGCAGCUGUUGAUGAUCGGAGAUAUAAAAACCACUUGACACUUGGAAACGGAAAGAUCCUCGCUGGAAUUGGCAUGUCACCUGCUACACGUUUGAAUCAAAAAUACACCCUUGUAGCAGCCAAUGAUGUGUUAUUAGAUUCUUCCGGAAAGUCAAGUACAUCUGAUUGCCAAAAACCCGAAGUUUUAAACAAAAAUAUGGUAAAAGGAAACAUACUUUUAUGUGGGUAUUCCUUCAAUUUCGUCAUUGGAACAGCAUCAAUGACUAAAGUCGCACAAACUGCAAAAACACUCGGUGCAAUUGGUUUUGUUCUUGCGGUUGAAAACACAUCUCCGGGAACAAAAUUUGAUCCUGUUCCUGUUGGAAUCCCGGGAAUUCUCAUCACCGAUGUUAGCAAAUCCAUGGACCUUAUAGACUACUACAACGUCUCAACUUCAAGGGAUUGGACAGGGCGCGUGAAGAGUUUUAAAGCAGUGGGGUCCAUUGGAGAUGGUUUGGAGCCAAUUCUUCACAAAUCAGCACCAAUGGUGGCAUUAUUUUCAGCUCGAGGGCCAAACAUAAAAGAUUACAGCUUUCGAGAUGCGGAUCUUUUGAAACCCGAUAUUUUAGCACCCGGUUCUUUGAUUUGGGCUUCUUGGUCCCCGAAUGGAACCGAUGAGGCUAAUUACAUAGGAGAACACUUUGCUAUGAUUUCGGGAACUAGCAUGGCUGCACCACAUAUAGCGGGGAUUGCGGCCCUUGUGAAGCAGAAGCACCCGAGGUGGAGUCCUGCUGCCAUCAAGUCGGCUUUAAUGACAACAUCAAAUACACUUGAUAGAGCGGCCAUGUCAACCCUAGAGCCGCCUUGGAUCCCGGUCUCAUUUUUGAUGCAGGUUAUCAAGAUUAUCUAGGAUUCUUAUGCACGACACCCGGACUCGACUCACACGAAAUCCAAAACUACACACACCAGCCAUGCAACUACACACUCGGCCACCCGUACAAUCUA